UCCGCCACCGAAGCCACCACCGUCACGAUUUUUGUCUACGCGACGGAGGGAAGAGGACAGGAAGAACCAAGGACCGCAACGAUCACCCCCUCCCUCCCCCAGCAGUGUCGUUGAAAUUCAUGGACACGAAUCCAAAAAAUUAAUUUACCCGAAGCUCUAAAAGUAAAGUUUAUAGAGGCGAGUGAAGGGGAGUGGGUGGGUGAGAGUGAGUCUCUGCGUGUGUGUGUGUGGCGCAUGGCGGCGGUGUCUCCCAGUGCCAUGGGCCCCCACAGAGAGACGCCCAUGGGGGAAGUGGUGAGAAGCGAGCCACCCGGCUGGUCCAGCAGUGACAACGACAGCGACGAGGAGGAGGAGGCCACGGAGCCCGGGACGCCUGAGCCUGGCCCGGGAGACGAACCGGGACUCGGCUACCUGCCACUCGCCCAGGACCUGGACGAGGAAGACGGCGGCGGUGGUGGCGGUGGUGACGGUGGCGUGGGAUUCGUCGGGCAAACGACGCAGAGUCCCGAGAACAUCGAGCAGACCUUGCGGGAUAUGGGGCUGUACCUACCCCCACCACCAGCAGACAGUGAGGAUGAAGUUGAUGAUGCAGAGGCUGUAGGUGCUUGUUCCAGCCAGGCCAUCAACAUGGACAACGAGCAUGUCGAGUUGGUGAAGAAGACGAUGGCUAUGGUGAAGCUGCCUGCCGUGCCUGGCUGGGCACAGGAGCUCUCCGACGAGCAGUGGAAGGACAUGGUGUCCAAGACGCUGCAACCGCGGAAUAACGCCACUGAGAAAUGAGUGGAGAUUAACUUUUGCACACUCAUCCUCGCAUCGGAGGCAAAAUUACUCGCGUACGACUUAGUAGGUUUUCGCUGUCGUACUGUAUAGCCCUUCAAUGUGGUUUUUGGGUCGUACCACAUGUUUCUUCAGGCAUGACUUCCAGACGUUGCACUCCACGUCCCGGGAGCUUCUUUAGAAACUGAAGAAGCUCCCAAAACAUGGAGCGAAACCUUGUACGUCAUGGCAAACACGCAGGACAACCCGAAAACACAUCGGAUAAAUAUUAUUACUCGUACGUUGGCGAACUGCUGCAUUAUGCAGGGUGACCCAGAGAGUUUACCUGGCUGUUAUUCAAACUGGAAUUAGGGUUGACGCAGGAAACAGGUGCCCUACCUUGCAAGUUGUAGGCCAGUUCUUUCACACUAAACCUGUCACAGACCUCGCACACUUAGGUGAUAAUAACAAUAUUUAAUGGCCGUUUGUCAUUCCAGCUGCAUGUUGGAGGCCUCCCCACACCAUGUCAGUUAUGAGAGUAAUUUUACCAUACCUACCUUACCAUACUUCACGGCUGGUCAUUAGUUCUUGGUUGUAACGCCUAACGCAGAAUAAAUAAAUUAUAAGUUACGUGUGACGCCUUCAUGGUUAAUGUGUUUCUGUAUGGCGACUCCUCACCAUGGGUGUUAUUCAUAUUUCUUCACGCAUACAAAAUCUACUUUCAACUAUAUUUUAAACGUGAAAAAGAAAAAGCUUUUAUCUCAAACUGUACACCAAAGGUUAUCGUCAGGGCUUAAUAUCCCAUGGAUUAUUUUCUGGGCUAUCCCAAUCUCCCACCCCACCCAACAGUAAUUCACCAUCUGUCAACCCCAUUCCACCCCAGACAGUUCUGAAAUUAAUCCCUGGUUACUGUCCAUUGUAGAACAUUGGCAGUAGCCAUCUAGACUUGUAAUGUAAAAGCUUUGACGUGGAAACUGCUGAUUACACUGUGUUUUGAUUUGAAACCAAACUCGCGUACAUAUGACCACGUUAAUUGCAAUAAAUGUGCAUUCCACUCGG